CAAAAUGACAGCUUGAUUUGGUUUGGUUUCCGCUACUGUGCUGUUGUGCUAUUUUUUGGUUUUUGAUACGAAAAUACCAAGAUAAUGUCGAUUUCGACUGCUACAGAUGAAAGAACAGAAGGAGAUGAUGAUACAUCACAAGGAAGCCACCCAAAAGAUGAUGACAGCAGUGACUCAGAGAAUGAAAAUGACAACCAAAAUGAAAAUGACACUCAGAACCAAAAUGGAGGGUCACCUGUCCCUGAGGUUCAUGAGAUCACCAGUGAUGAUGAUGAUGAUUGUGUUGUUACUAAUGAAGAUGAUUCAUCAAAUUCAGGUUCUGAUGCCAGUGAUGAUAGUUCAGAGGGCUCACAGGAGAGCAUUAAGGCUGUGGAAGAUGUGGAAGACAAGAAAGAAGAAGACCAGAUGGAGAUGGAGAAUGGAGAAGAUGAAUCUGAUGUGGAGGAGGUGUCUAUGGAGGAUCCCUUGAAUCAGACUCAGGGCAAAAGUAAGCCAAUAGUAAUUAAUGACACUAAAAGCUUAGCAGACUUAGCAUCUAAACAACCCAAAGCCAAUGGUGGUGAUCAAAAGGAGCCAACAGUUGUUAUCAUUGACACAAAUUCUAUUUUGUCUGGAAAAGGCUCUAUUCCUGUGCAAAAUAAAAUGUCUACAAGUGCUAUUGAUGCACAGAAUUUAUGUCAAAGUAUUGCUGCUAGGGGUACCACCAUUACUCCUGUAAGUUGCAAAGCAUCAUCAUCAGUUUCUAACAACACUCAAACUCCUCAACCUAACAUACUGCCAUCUUUAACAGAUGACAUGUUUGUUGUUGAAGCACCAUCAUUUAUUGUUCCUUAUGUGUAUGAAAAACCAUCUGUAAAACCAUUUAGAGAGUUUGUUGACAAAUUGGGCAAAGAACUUGACGAAAUUAAAAUGAAGGAAGAACAAGAAAAACUAGCAAAAGAAAAAGCUGAAAAAGAAAGAAAGGAGAAAGAAAAGCUAGAGAGAAUUGCUCAUGGAGAGGAAUUCGAAGAAGAUGAAGAAAGUGAAAAAGACAAGAUUGAAGAGGAAGCUGUUAAGGAAAAGAAAGCAGAAAAGAAACAAAAGAGAAAACGCAGGCCAGAUGAUGAUGAUGACUCCUGGGAUGGAGAGUCCACCAGUGAUUCUGAAGCAGGUAGUGAUGAAGACACAGUUGUGAUAAAAGAUAAAGAUGACUCAGUGGAAGAGAUAAAAGAUCCCAUAGCUAUGAUUGCUAAAGGGUUAUCUGGCAAACCUGAUAGCUACUUUGAUUGCUCACUGGGUCAAUUCUUCAUAAAUAUCGGUUUAAAUCUGGUGCAAGAGUAUGUACAAACUGAUUUAUUGAAACAACAGCAACGUAAAUUAUACAAAGAAAAGAAAUCUGGACGAAGCACAAAAGCUACUGAAGAAGCAAUUACAUCUCUCACACAAAACUUAGAUUUUAGUAAGAAAACUAAUGCACCUUAUGCCCUUGAAUACAAAAGAUGUGAAUUUUGUAGUUUUAAGACUGAGUCUCUAUUGGUUAUGGCUCACCAUUUGGAAGCACCACAUAUGAAAAAUAAUAUAUACAAAUGUAAUACUUGUCCCUUUGAAAUUCGUAGUCCUCAUGACAUCUUGUACCACAUGGAAGCAGAGCACAAUAUUCGUGGACGACUGGAAAGAGCACCAGCUUAUCAGCAGUGUGCAAACUGUCACUUUGAAGACAACAGUAAGACUAAACUUGCGCGUCACCUUAUCGCAUGCGCCAAAAAGUUUAAACCAGAAUUUAAUCUUGGACCUCCUCUGGAGUGGGAACCCCCAGCAAAGAUACCGAAAUUGACACGAGCACGCAACAAUGUCGUCGCUCCUUAUGGAUCUAACUUCAACCGACAAGUUGGUAUGAAUAACGUGGGUCGACCUCCACUGAACGUAUCUGGUACUAUUCCGGGCAUGCCUGUGCUUGGCAGGCCUCGUGGUCGUCCGCCGAUCUCGGCUCCGCCACGGGCCGCUCCUGUCUCAGGUGUUCCGAUAAUUCGCAGUGGAGUAAUGAUUAUGCACAAUACACCUCCUGGAACUACCAUUGCUAAUUACCCACUAAUGCCAAAUAAUCAAGGCGUUAGUGCAACUCCUAAAAUUUCAAUCACCCCUUUACCACGAGCACCACAGCCGUCGUCUUCACACACGGUACACAACUCAAAAGCUACCUUCGUCAUUUGCGAAAUUUGCGAUGGCUAUAUUAAGGAUUUGGAGCAAUUGCGAAAUCAUAUGCAAUGGAUUCAUAAAGUGAAAAUUCACCCCAAGAUGAUCUAUAAUAGGCCACCUUUGAACUGUCAGAAAUGUCAGUUUAGAUUCUUCACUGACCAAGGUCUGGAGAGGCACCUCCUGGGAUCUCACGGGCUCGUUACGAGCUCUAUGCAGGAGGCAGCUAACAAAGGAAAAGACGCAGGCAGGUGCCCCGUUUGUGGCCGUGUAUAUCAGUGGAAACUGCUAAACCAUGUAUCGCGUGACCACAACAUGACUCUAAAGCCGGCGCACUUGUCGUAUAAGUGCACUGUAUGUACUGCGACGUUUGGAAUGUACAAACAAUUCGAGAAUCACGUAUACUCUGCACAUAGCGUUGUCGCUAAACGAGUGAUGGAUAAAACCAAGACUGGUACAACCAACAAACCUGCUGACGAUCCACUAUUGAAGCCCCUGAAAAUUAGUGACGAAAUUACGAUUAUACCACAACCUGCCAAGUCCAGCGUCACUAUCACUGCUAAAGGAAAAUAACGACGACAGUUGGGGAGUGUGAUACAUUUCAGGAUCAAGAAAUGUUCAGAUAGCUUUGUCAGUGAUCCACUUCCGCUAUAUCAAGCAGUAUUGUGUAAAUAACCUGAGCUAUGUCGAUUUUUAUUUAAUAUUCAUGUUGGAAUUAUAGAGACAUUUUAGUUAAAAAAGUGUGAAUGUAUUUUUAAUGACAAAACAAGAUAAAAAAUAAGUUGUAAAUUCAGUGUAAUUAUUACAUAGAUAUUCAACAAAUUGUGUAUUUUGUGACCUUACAUAAAUAAUACUUAUGUGCUAGUAGUAGCUACCUGUAGGUCUUAUGUUUGUGACUUGCGAGCUGUGUGAAUUAUUUCAAUGUCACAAAUGUAACAUUGCAGAUCUGCCUCCCCACUGUAUAUUGAUUGAAUGAAGGGUGAAUGCUUAGGUUCAGUGUAAUGGUUUCUACCGAUUUUCUAUAACAUAAAUAAGUACCUAAUCUUAUUUAUUUGCAGUACUGCUGUUCUUAUAUAAUCUGGAGAUAAUGUUAUACUAUUGUCUGCCUUCUAUAAUUUAACGAUAGUUGAUCAACUGAGUUCAGAUUUAUGGAUUGUAAAAUAUCAUUUAUGUAGUUAGAUACUUUCCAUUAUGAAUGUAUAUUAAACCAAUUAUAAUAGAUUAAUUAAAAAGUUAAGUUAAAAUCGUAGUAAUUAAAUAUUAAGUGGUAUGUUUCUUUCUUCUAAAUAAUCUUUACAGAACAUCUACCAAGAAAACAGUGUUGAUAGUGCAACUGGGUACCUACUUCGGUCUUAUUUAUUUCUGAUCUCAGGUCAACUGACUGGAGGGUUAAUUUGGGUAAAGUUUACUAAAUUGUUGAAUGUACUUAUAGAACUGAAGAAUCAUGUAUUUUUUUUAUUUAAUUAAAAAGACCACAGUAAUUA